GUUCCUAAGUAUUUCAGAAAAUGGAAAACGGUUAUUCUUGGUAUAUAGCCGUAAUAUUCACAUUUGGAGAAACAGCGGGAUCAGGUUUAGUAGCUCUUCCAAGUGCAAUGCAAUCACUUGGAUUUAUGGGUGGUACAAUUACUUUAAUAGUUAUGUGCUUGAUCACUUAUUACACUGCUACACUUUUAGGCAACAAUUGGAUUAUCAUGAAGACAAGAUGGAGUGAAUACUCUGAACACUGCCGAAAUCCUUACCCUGAAAUGGCACACAAAGCAUUGGGAACUUGGAUGGGUAUGACUACCAAUUUCUGUACAUAUUUUACCGUCUUUGGUGGCACUGCAGUUUUCUCAUUGCUUGCUGCUAAAACCUUAGCUGAAGUUCUCAAUGGUUUUGGGAUCGGAGCAACAAUGUGCACAACUUUAAUAACAGUUGGUCUAAUUUUAUGGCCGUUUGUCAUGUUAAAAAGUCCCGCACAUUUUUGGCAAGUCUCUAUUGUUGCUACAAUAUCCACUGUAACUGCUGUUGCGUUGAUUUUAUUCGGGUAUUUUCUAGAUGCUAAGGGAUGCUAUCCGCAUUCUUCGUACCCUGAUUUUACUCCGACCGCUGCCUCAAAUAGUCUGGCUACAAUCAUUUUUGCCUAUGGAGGUCAUCCAUGUAUUCCAACAAUUGUUCAUGAUAUGAAAACUCCUCAGCAUUAUUUUCGAUGCUUCUUGUUGAGUUAUAUUGCGCUCUUUCUCCUGUACACUCCGGUGUCUCUCUUUGGUUUCUGGAUUUAUGGAGAUAGUGUCAGUGAUUCCAUUAUCAGUUCAAUUCAAAAUGAUAGUCUUCGUCGUGGAAUUUCAAUUCUGAUUGCAGUCCAUGUCUUCUUUUCUGUGCUCAUUAUUGUCAAUCCACUUCUACAAGCUUCUGAGCAUCUCUUCAGAGUCAAGCAUGAAUUUGGAAUCGGUCGUUUUAUUAUUCGAAGUAUCGUUUUCUGGAUAAUCAUCUUCAGUGCAGCAUCAGUCCCUAAUUUUGGAGUUGUAGUAAACUUAGUUGGUGGAUCAACCCUACCUUUAUUGGUUCUGAUAUUUCCACCACUGUUUGCAAUGUGUUUAGAAGUCAGACAGAAGUUGGAAGAUGAUGGUGCAAAAGAAGAAUUCAGUCUAAAAUCAAUCUGGAAAUAUCACCCAAAACCUCGACUUCUCCUGGAUAUCUUUAUCUAUGUACUUGGCACAUACGUAAUGGUUCACUCAACAUAUCAUUCAUUAUCUUCCAAAUUUUUCUCUGAAAAUCCUUCAACUCGUUCAUGUUUUUCCACGUGGUUCAGUUCUUCUUAUAAUGUUCAGAAUCUGACAAUGACGUCAUCAUCUCAUUCAACACAUUUUCAGUGCUGUGGGGCUUUUAAAAAUAUCUCAUUAACAGGAAGAUCGUGCUUUUAACUGAAACUUUAAUUGAGAAAACGUGUGAUUUAUUUGUUGUGUAUAUUUUGGAAUUCAAUUUGCUAUUCAGGUGUCACAAAUGUUUUCAAAUUUUUUUUCUUUCAUUGACAAACUUUCCAUUUCCAAAACCUGACAGUACAAUGCAAUUUACAUAAAUAAUCAAAAAUAACAGGUAAUUUUAACUAAUAUAUUUAUUCAGUUGAAACUGUAAAAAAUUAAACUUAAAAAAUACAGUAUUUAAAAAAUGUCUUUGAUAUGGCAAAUUUCCCUGAAAAUUGAAGAUUAUUCGUAUGUUAUCCAACAAAAUGACUCUUACCCCAUGUUGAGUUUAAUCCAAAAUCACAUUAUUCUUUUCCAAACUCGGAACUGACUCUUCCUGAAAAAUAAUGAAUUAUUUUCAAAUA